AUGUCGUCGAUUGUCAAAUGUGAACAAUCGCAUAUCCAGCUUGGCAUGAUGCUUUGGACCCUAUCAACGGGUAUCGAUGUUGAGAUCAGUGUCGCAGAUCGCCCAUCACACAUAAGCUCUAGCACCCUUGCAAUAUACAAGACUCAGCAACUGAGUCGCAACAAACAGCGAAAGGCCCAGUAG